UGGAGAUGUUCCCAUCACCUGCUACGCAGAGCUCCUCCACCUGAACCAUGAACGACUCGGUGCUCCUCCCGGAAGGGGCCGCCCCCCGCGCGCCCCUGCGCCUGGACGUGCGCUCGCUGGUCACCUCGGCCAGCAUGUUCGCGGUGGGUGUGCUGGGCAACGUGGUGGCCGCGGGCGUGCUGUGCGCGAGCCGGCGCGAGCAGAAGGAGACGGCGUUUUACACGCUCGUGUGCGGCAUGGCCGUGACCGACCUUUUGGGCACGUGCUUCACGAGUCCCGUGGUGAUCGCCACCUACGUGGCGGGCCGGUGGCCCGGGGGCACGCGCCUGUGCCACUUCUUCUCCUUCUCCAUGCUGUUCUUCGGCUCGGCCGGCAUGUCCAUCCUGUGCGCCAUGGCCGUGGAGCGCUACGUGGCCAUCGACCACGCCUACUUCUACUCCAAGCGCGUGGACAGGCGCACGGCGCGCGCCGCGCUCCUCGUAGCCUAUGCGGCCAACGCCGCGCUCUGCGCGCUCCCCAGCCUCGGCUUCGGCCGGCACGCGCGCCACGUGCCCGGCACCUGGUGCUUUCUGGACUGGCGCGCCACGGACCCUGCGGGCGCCGCGUACUCCUACCUAUACGGCGGGGUCAUGCUGGCGCUCAUCGCCGUCACCGUCGCGUGCAACUGCGCGGCGUGCCGCUCGCUGGUGCGCAUGAGCCGCGAGACUGGAGCCGGGGGCACCGGGAGGCGCGCGCUCGCCGGGCUGCCCGCGGUGACGUCCGCGGCGGAGAUCCAGAUGUUCUGGAUGUUGAUCAUCAUGACCGUGGUGUUCCUCAUCUGCUCCAUCCCGCUGGUGGUGCGCAUCUUCGUCAAUCAGAUUUACGGCCCUGGCCAGAUCAACGCAGGCGUGAGUCCAGAUUACCGCAGCGACCUUCUAGCCAUCCGGUUCGCCUCCUUCAACCCCAUCCUGGACCCCUGGGUUUACAUCCUGUGCCGCCGAAGUCUCUUCACCAAAAUCUGCGAGUGGUUGAAGCGAACCGUCGGCCGCAGCCGAGAGGGACACGAACGGACCAUGGGCUGGGUGGGCGGCCAGCACUCGCCGCCAUCUUUAACACACAGCAACGCCACCAGUUACGCCUCGUUUCGCAUGGCGACGUGCAGGAUCGCCGCAGGAACAGAGGUCGCAGUGGACUCCAGACCUUACGAGGACCUAACCCUACGCCAGGCGUGGGACUUUGACACAGCAAUGGACAACUUCCACCCUUUCAGUGUGGAGCAGGAGCCAGUUUUGGGCUUCGAGAGCGAAACGGCACUGAACUCUAAAGUGGACGCCGUUGGGUCGGAUGAGUGCAUUAGCACGCCGGCGGCCGGUGUUAAAACACACGUGAACAAGACCGAGCUGGUCACCUGCACUUUCAGCACACCAAGCUCAUGCAUGUCAGAGAAGAGCGUCGGAUGAUUGACCACUUGGUGGUACUCAUAUCUCACUCACAUUGUGUACAGUGCUGUGGAAAAGUAUUGUCCGGAUUCGUUCAGAUUUCUCUUUAUCUUCGAUAUAUUUAUCUUUGAUAGUCAUCAAGGGUAAUAAAAAGCAUAAAAAGUUGUCGCCACUUUAUAAUGAUGAAAAUAAUGAUAGUGCGAUAUAUCGUAUCAGUUCUUUGUUUGAGACGUCAAAUAGGGAUAUUUUUACUGUAUCAUAGGCACUCUAAAGUCACUAAAGCCCUAUCCGUAUGGGAUUAGUUUCUCAGGGGGACAACAGUAAAAACUUUUAGACACUUCUUCUAAGUGAUAAAACUCUUGCAAUUGAAAAAACAGGAGGACCAGUGAGUUUUUUUCGGCUUUCUCGGUCACAUGACAUCGCGUUCAGUUCAGUAGCUCCUCCAUUUCCACUCGCUGUUGUGUUUUUAACAUGGAUCUCUGUGGAAAUGCGCACCCAAAGUGUAAUUUCAAUGCGCAGCAGUGGACAAAUAGCUAUUUUAUUAAACGCGAGGAGACAAAACUCAGAGAUGUGCGUCCGGAUGGGACUAAAAUUACCGGAGGAGCACGGAGUUCAGAGAAAAACAGUCGAUAAUUCAGCCUGUAAUUUUCUCAGAGGACGUCUGAGAAAAACAUGUAUAUGAUUGUUUGAGAGGAUAAAAAACAAAAACAUAAAAGAGAA